UAUUUGCUAUCAUAAUUAUUUCUAAUUUUUAUCAUGGUAUCCUUCAAAACAAAAUUGGUGGUAAUCAUGACAAAUUUGUUGUCGAUGUUCAUAGUUUCUUUCAUUUACGAAGCGAUAGUUCUCUCUCGCUUUCAACCAUCAUCACUUUUCCCAGCUCAUGAUUCAAAUGAUCAACCUUACCAUUUUCAUUCAAACCGUGACAAAAAGAAAACAUCUCCACCACUUCAAUCAAAAACGUUUCCUCCACACUUGGUCAGUAAAAAGAAGUUUCCGCCACCUCCACGAUCUCCAUCACUACCUCCAUCGCUACCACCACCACAAUCACCUCUACCACCACCACCACCACCUCCUCCUCCUCCGCCACCAUGUAUAUUAUUUGACCAUUUCAAGUUGGUUGAAAGAUGGCCAAACACAUAUCGUAUGACUGAAAAAGGAUGUAGAGCCAAGUUGCCAUCAAAAUUUGUUAUUCACGGCUUGUGGCCGUCAAACAAAGGUUCGACUGGUGAUCAGCCACGUGGUAAGGGCAAGAGCAAAGAAACAACAAAUUUGAAUUUUCCAUUUAUUAACGAACUUCAAGAUGAGUGGCCAUCUUUAACACCUGGUACAAUUCAACUGUCUGAGGAUAUAGAUUUCUGGCGGGAGCAAUGGAAAAGCCAUGGAAGUUGCUCCUCAAUGGAUGCAAAAGAUUACUUUAGGCUAACACUCGAUAUUCAUAAGCGAAUUGGUAAAAACUUAAAGGAUGUCCUUGAAAAUAAGAAUAUUAAAUCUAAAGGAAAGCCUGUUAAAAGGAAAGAUAUUUUCGAUGCCGUUAAAGAUCAUAUUGGAGGAUUUAAACCACAAAUUAAAUGUAUAAAAGGUCCCAAUAAUUUAUACUAUUUGCAAGAAAUAAGAAUAUGUCUGGACAAAAGCACAGAUCACAACUAUAUUCACUGUGUUAUAAAUUAUAUUGACUGUCCUGAAGAUGACUUUGUAUACUUUCCUUGAAAUAUAUAUAAUGAAAAAUAUAGUUGAUAUAUUUUAAGGAGAAA